AUGCAGCAGGAGGUGUGCAUGAAGGCCUUCGAAGCCAGGCUGAACCGCAACGCGACGAUGCGCCAAGCGCAGUAUCGGUUCCUGGCUGAGCUGGGCAAGGCCUACGAGCAGCAAGCCAUCAAGAUGCAUGAGAUGCGGCAAAGCUACUAUAGGGAGAUCGACCACCUCCGGGACCAGCUGGGGAUCAAAGCGAGGAAUCCCAGCUUCGACAUGAAGGAGGUGCAGUUCUUCGAUGCCAAGGCGUACAGGCCGCUCAGCUGGAAAGAGCUUGCAGAUUUGCUGCUGGUGCAGCGCAUCGAAGCCAACGGGGGCGAGCGGACCGUGGAGCUGGUGCCGGUGAGGGUCCUGUGCCGUGAUUGCCGGAACAAGUUUGCCUCAGAAGUGCCAGAUUUGCCGCAGGAUGCCGAGUCCCAGGUGACGCCGGACAUGAUCCUAACGGAACUUCCGCCCGAGGAGAAUGUGGAGUACACUGCCCAGGGCGUAAGCCGUUGGGCGCAAACCGAGAUCUCCGUGCAGGCCCAGGUGGAUUGCUCGGUGCAGACAGAAGCCAGGCCGGAGUUCUUCCCCGCGAGUCCGGAGGAGAGUGCCAGGGAGGUCAGCUUUCGGCAGGUCACCCUCUCCUUUGACACAGCCCUUUUGGAGGCGGCAGAUUCACCGCCGUCGCUGGAAAGGGCCGAGGUUCAUCCAGAGCAGGCAAAUCCUGAGCAGCAGGCGCGCCGGCGCAGCUCCCGCGCCCGGCCCACGCACGCAGAGUCCAGGCCACUUUCCUUUGAGCCAGAGUGGCACGAGGCCACCUUUGCUCACGACGCGGACGAGCGAGCAGUUGCAGGUGAACCGGACGCAGCGGAUGCAGACUGUUUUGAUGAGCUGCCAGCAUCAAAGCUGGAAGCCACUGGCGACGGAUUGGACCUUUGUGAAACCUUACUUGAAGGACCUGGAAGCUCGAUGCCCACAACGUUGGACAGAGGGUCACAUGCGCCGGAGCCGGCCAGCCGGCGGCAUGUGCGCCGCGGCACGGCGCCGCAUGCGCGGAUCCAACUGGAGGAGGUUGGCGCUGCCCCGCAAAGUGCAAGGGAAGCGUUGCGAAUCUCCUCGAACAAUUUCGGGGACUUCACCGCCAGCUGCCCUUUGAGCACGUGGCAAAGCCCCGAACGAGGGGCUGGCGGCUCAGGUGUGAGCAGCAAAACGUUGCACGUGCAGAGCUUCAACCUCAGCUUGGACUUGCCCGGCUCUGCCCCAACCAUCCCGGACCCCGACCGCCGGCGCCGUGCCCGGAACCUGCCGGCGGUGCGCCCGGUGUCGCCGAGGAGCCCUAUGGAGGGCCGGAGUAGCAGCCCCUGCCCAUCUGCACGCAGCCUCGCUGCCUGGCCUGAGAGGGUGAGGCGCACCAGCCUGACCAUCCCCGGUGGAAAGGCUGGUGAGGCCGAGCACAUUGAGCUUUUGCGUGAUCCCAGCACCAGUCUGGACCCUCGACCAGCAGAGUCGGAGGAGACAAAGGGGCAAUUGCCCUCACUGCUGGCCAGCCAAGCCAAGGUCAAGGCAUAG